AAGGGACCCCCAAAUGUCCACUUGCUCUGUAUUUUUUUUUCGUAAAAAAUGGAGCAAUUUUGGACCAUUCAGCCAUCGGAAGUUCCAAUAGGCGAUGCGUUUUGGACUCUUCUAAUUCACACUUUGCCUAUUCUCAAAACCCCACCAUUGAAUUUUUUUUUUCUUUCCAUUUUUUGGUUGGAGAUGAUGAACAAUAUGGAAGAUGAGUACAUUAGGAGACACCAUAGGCAUGUGCUCAACCACAAUCAGUGUAGUUCUUCACUUGUUAAACGCAUCAGAGCUCCUGUUAAUCUUGUAUGGUCAUUGGUGAGAAGGUUUGAUCAACCACAAAGGUACAAGCCAUUUGUUAGCAGAUGUGUCGUGCAAGGGGACCUUGAAAUUGGGAGUGUGAGAGAAGUGAAUGUUAGGUCAGGUCUUCCAGCUACCACCAGCAAGGAGAGGUUAGAGCUUCUAGAUGACGAGGAGCACAUCUUUGGCGUAAAGAUUGUUGGUGGAGAUCACAGGCUUCAGAUCAAGAUGGAGUUAUUCAAGCUAUUUUACUUCCAGAAAAAAAAGAAGUGCAGAUGGAGUGGAAUGAAUGUUGAAAAUUCUUAAAGCCAUCAACAACUAGUUUUGGAUUAAGGUAGUAGCAGUUGUAGUUGUUGGACUGAUAGCUCAGAUGGUUAGCAUAUUGAACUGUUCCAUGGUUGCUUUUUGGCUAAGAAAUGGAGAACUAAGAUGUGAAUGCAAGGAUAGCUUUUCCUCCAUGAGAAGAGGGGUUUCUGUUGUUUCAUAUCGAAGAAUCGACAGAAAUUCAGUGAAAAUGUGUCAUGGGAUGCUAGGACCAUUUUGCCAAAACAAGAUUGUGCAGCUCCCCUCUAUCGCUUCUCUUAUUAAAUAUGUUACCCAAACAUCUGAUUAUCAAAUGAUGCAAAAGUCAAAGGACCUGCCUAGAGUAUGAAUUGUAAGAAUCGAUAAAUAAGUCCCCUAUGCUUGCUCAUUUCAAGUCCAAGGAACCUACCUUGCGUUAUCUAAACUCGAUUUAUUAAGCUCUCUAUGAACUCCGUUUCUUUUUUGUCUUUUUCUGUUUCUUUACCAAAUACAUAUAGCUCAUCAUGAAAAUAUUGUGCUUCCAUUUACAUAAUGUGAGCCAGUUUUUCUUCCACACUGUGUAGUAAAAUUAUGGUAGUAUGUUUUUGCAUCAUUUUCUGGAGUGCAUAUUUUUUGUUGGAAAGCAUAAGUAUUACUCAAUAUAUAUAUACUGGACUUGUUAGCAAGUGAUUUCUCGUUUUC